CUUAUAUGAUGGACAUGUGGCGGCCGUACUGUGUUGUUUGGUUGUUCAGCGGUACACUAAUGAGCUGUCUUAAGACGCAGAGUUAUUAGUGCUAAGUACAUGUAUUGUGUUUAUUGUUGGCUUUGAAAGAAUUGUAUGAAAUGCUUCGAAGGGCAAAGAAACGAUCAGUGCCUUCAGAAGACAGAGACAUCUCAAGCUUGACCACCAACUCCCAGGCAAAGCAUGUUGAAUUGCGUGAAUCUGUCGAGGACAAACCAUGGAAGGUUAACAUGGUCAACGCUCACCGGCAUGCGCAUGACCACGAUGAGAAGAUAAUUCUUGGGAUGCCCUCCCAGAAACAGGAUUCAGAAGAGGCCUUCCUGGAGAAGUUCGUUCUGGGAGGCCAGGAGUCCUUUGUUGAGAAUUUGGAGAGGGGAGAAAAGAAGAGAAUCAGUGUCUUAGAUGCAGAGCAGAGGAAGCCGGCCUGGGAAGACGACGAAGAUGAGCAUUACACAAGCUCAAACCAAAAUAGCAACCGUGAGAGGACUGCAUUGCCAGUCAACACUGGGGCAGUAUUCAGCAAUAGUCGAAAAGCACAGUUUGAGAAGGUAGUCGGUACCACCCCAUCCUGGGCCCAAUUAAAGUCCAGCAGGAAAAGAACCAGCGAAUCAGAAGAUGAGAGCGGAAGUGACAAGGAAGAAGAAGACAAGUUCUUGAGACGGACCGGUGACUUCCUAACAACCUCUGAAUUGCUACCCAAGAGCUUCCUCAAAGUCAGGAAGGUCACCAAUGCAAAUAAGGAACAGUACACCAAGGGAAGGCUUUCGGCUUUGGAGUUUCAUCCUACAUCUCAGGUUGUACUAACAGCUGGGGAAGAUCAGAGCUUACACAUAUUCCAGGUAGAUGGCCAAAACAAUCCCAAGAUUCAAAGUGUUGCCAUAGAGCAGUUUCCGAUCACGAAUGCACACUUUUCGGCCGACGGAACAGAGGUCAUCGUGUCGUCAAGGUCACGCUGGUACUACGUCUACGACAUGAUUGCAGGGAAACUGGAGCGUAUGUCCUUUCUCAGAGAAUAUCAUGAGAGACAACCGUUGUGCAGAUUCACCGUUGCACCGGAUGGCAGCUUCAUUGCAUUCCAGGGCCUCUAUGGCUUCAUUCACCUUGUGUCCGCAAAGAACAAAGAGUUGAUUUGCUCCCUGAAGAUGAACGGAUCCGUGUCAUCCUUGGCAUUCAGUGGAGACGGAUCAAAGCUGUUUUCCUUUGGAGACGAUGGAGAGGUCUACAUCUGGGACAUGAAAACCAGGGAUUGCAUUCAUAAGUUUGUAGAUGAUGGUUGCAUCAAGGGCACUACCAUUUCUGUAUCCAGGGAUGGCCAGUACUUGGCGUGUGGGUCUAGCAGUGGAGUGGUGAACAUCUAUGACAGCAGCCAGUGCCUCACAGCGACCAGACCCAAGCCCCUGAAAGCCGUCAUGAACCUGACCACGUCUGUGACGGCUGCCAAGUUCAACUGCAACAGUGAGAUACUAGGGGUUACAUCGUUCCACACCCAGGGUGCAGUUAAACUGAUCCACCUACCAGACUGUCAUGUAUUUGCCAACUUUCCCCUGAAGUCUGACAGCAUUGGCCUGCCCGUGCUACUGGACUUCUCCCCCAGCAGUGGUUAUAUGGCUGUGGGUAACAGCCGCGGAAAAGCACUGCUGUACAGGCUGGGUCAUUACAAAAACUACUAACAACAUUGGAGUAUGAAUCAAAUAUACAGGAUUGAUCACAUGCAAGAUGAGUUCCGGUACAGUGAUGCACAGACUACCAUCAGGCAUGGUUGAACUUGAGGGAGUGUUCAUCCCAUCAGUCUGUCAACUCCCCCCCCCACAAGUUCUGUGUUUAGUUUGAAUUUUUACAAUAAUUUUCCCUACAUGUUUUCCAAUGUGGAGAAGGCAGGUUUUGACAGUUACUUGGGUCUGUCACCUUGACAGUAAUGAGUUACAGAACACAUGGAGCUCUGUCAAGUAACAAAGAGGUCUGGAUUUAACUUGUGAAGUAGAGCUUAGUGGGUAAACUAUGUUUGUGCACCAGUGGACUCUUCAUAAUCACACUUGUAUUGCUUCACAUGAACUAAAGACUUCCAACAUUAUUUCCUGUCAGUAAUGGUCUUAUGUAAUACAGAAACAAAAGAUUGAAUCUGAAGGGCAUUCACUACCGGACAUAUGGUGGUGGAGCAGCACACUGUCAGAUGUCAAAUAUGCAUCACAAAGGCAUGCUGAGCAGACACACAGUACUGCUUGCAGACUAAUGGAAUAAUUUUCAUUGAAUGCAAGAAUGUGCCUAUCCUUGGAAAUCAACCACUCCCAUCCUUGGAAGACAGCACUCCAAGUAACUAAAAAUAGCCCUGCUUUCUGUCCAAUUCUUAUAAGUUGGCAGUUUGCCAAAUAACUGUUUUUCACUUACACCAGAUUCAGUCAUGUUUUGUCAUUUGAAUUGCACAGCAACAAUAAAUAGACACCAUUUCAAGUCUGCAUGUAUUUUUCUUAGAUGAAUUGACACUAUUUGAGAAUUAGUGUAACAAAUUAUUUGUAAAUAAUCUUAGAAUCAAAAGUACAUUUGGUAUAUUUUAGGUGAAUAAAGGCAAAUGCUGACACAAGAAUGCAUGAA